GGCGAAAGCGCAUCUGAAACCUACGUCCUGGAGAGAACUGGGAAUUGGGAUGGAUGACAACGUAAUUAAUAUAAUGACGACCAACGUAGUGGUGCCAUAUGUAUAUACUUCUGUUAGAUGUAAAGGGUCAUCACAACAAAAGCCCCAUCAACCUGUAUGCAUCGGCAAAUGGAAAUGUAUGCCUUGUUUUAUUGCGUUGAACUAACAAAGUUGCUUGUUUUUACUGGCAGUCUAGCACUCAGGAAUUGAUGGAUUCCCUUAAAAUCUCAGAGCAACCAGGCAUUCUUUCUGGCUCCUCUCUAACUAAGCUUCUCACGUCAUAAUGGUAAUAAAUAAUUUUUAAAAUCUCAUUGCAGUUUCCUCCAUCAAAUUUAUUGCAAGAAAACAAUGGGUUGUGGCCGGGGCAGAUGAUGGUAUCGUUUAUGUGUACAAAUGUGUCUCCGGAACACGCAUGCAAAAGAUCAAGAGUUUCCAUGCUGAUUUUCGUUACAUUAUCCCCCUAGCCGUUCAUCCAAUCCAGCCAUGUGUGCUGUCAUCGGGGAAGCUCUGGGACUGGAACAAGGGCUGGAAGUGCACACGAACAUUUGCCACUAGCAGCGUUAUAUUUCAGGUCAUGUUUAACCAAGAGGACACCAAUAGUUUUGCGGCCGCGUUGCAAGAUGGCACAAUAGAGGUUUGGAGCCUCGAUUCUCCUGUACGAAAUUAUACUCUGUCGGGGCAUUUGGACCAAGUGAACUGUCUUGACUUUUUCAGACGUGAUAAUCAUCAGUAUUUGAUCACUGGCUCUAAUGAUUGUACAGCCAAGAUAUGGGACUUGCAGGAAAUGGCCUGCAUUCAUACGGUCGAAGCUAUCAUGUCACCAGUUAUUUUUGCCAUUUCCCUUCCCGGUCGUCCAUAUCUGGUUACAGGUUCAAAACAUAGAACUGUCCAAGUCUGGAGCUCCACUGAUUUCAGGCUUGUGAGAACCGUUAACCUACAGGCUGGUGGACCUGUUCGUGGUCUUGUAUGUUUGAUGGAUUCAAGGAGGGUUGCUAUUGGACAAAGCAAUUCAUUAUCGAUCAUGGAAAUCGACGAUGAAGAAGCAGUUGCUAGCGAGGGCAGCAAAUGAGAAUUCCAUUGUGUGCAAGGAAAUCCAUGAUCCCGUACCCUCAAAAAAAAAUCCAUGAUCCCUGUGCCAACAUGGCUGAUCGAUGAAUUCUUUCGAUUUGGUAUUAGUGGAUACACAUUUAUAUUGUUGACUCCGUUUUCUGCUAAUGCUCGGGCGUAGAAAAACUAUAUGAUGUACUCUAUCG